AAGGCAGAGGGCCGAGGAGGGAAGGGGACUGCAGUCUGAGAGGAGCUUUGGGGCGCUAGGAUCCUGAACGUCGGAACGUGGCAUUGGCCGAGAGAAGAGCUAGACUGGCAGUGGCUGGCCGCCGGCAAAGGAGCGCGUUUAUUUAUUUGGGGGAAAGGGAGAGGAGCGAGGAGCGGGAAGGGGAGGACGAGAGUUCAAGCCCAAGUGGAUGGAAGGGGACUGGGGUUUCUGCCGCGCUGGGAGCCGCGAGCCGGGGCGAUGGCGCUAAACACGGCGCGGAGCAGCUGCGCUCCCGAGAACGCGUCUCAUCGCCGAGGACUCGUCGCCGGUGCCUGGAAGGGCUGCGCGAAGAGGAACCAACUUGUGGCUCCAAAAUGUACCCGACGCAGCUGGAAAUGAGAUCAAAGCUGCAGUUUCAUUCCAGAAGGAUGAGAGGAGCCAGCGAUUAGGGGACCCCCUCCUUCCUUUCUUUUUCUUUCUUUCUUUUUUUAAUUUCUUCCUUUUUUCUUUCAUUGUUAUUAUCAUUAUUUUAAUUUGCCUAACACCCCUUCGGACCUCUCACUUCCCCCUCCCCAUUUUAAAUAAAAUCCCAGUCUGAAGUUCUUCCGCCGCAUCGCCCCCGGAUCCGCUGCCCGCAGAUGGAGGAAAAGGGGACCCGGGGGCUAGCAGGGGCCACCGGCGAGGGACCGCGUCACGCGUCUCCCGCGUGAUCCCGUCCCCGAUCGCGGAGUUCUGCAACACCUGGAAGAUCUGGAGCGGGUGCUGGGGGUGGGGGCGGGGACAGAGGAAGAGAAAGCCACCCCGAGUAUUAAAAAAAAAAAAAAAAAGUAGCGGGGGGAGGAAUGGGCUUCUUUUUGACAGCUGACAAAGCCUUGAAAUAUUCCUCCACUACCUCCGCCCCCGCCCCCCGCACUCCGUUUAACGUGAGAUUAUGAAAUUGCAGAGGCGGUGGAGGGAAGGAGACAGGAUAUAACCGGGAGUUUGGAAGGGAGAGGGGAAGGUGGCUGGCCGGUGGCUGAAAUCAAAAAGCCAAUUGCGCACUGGGUUAUGAUUAGAAAUCUAAUCAAAUCUUUGGAGAAGGGACCGGCCGGAAGGGUGACGAGUUGGGGGAGUUGACCCCCAAAUUCUUCGAAGCGGGGGGCUGGGGAGAAGAAUCGACGAUGUAAAAGGAGACUUUUGGUGUCAGUGGCGGUUGGGUGCCUUGCAAAAAUGAAGGAUGCGGGACGCAGCUCUCUCCUGGAACAGAACGCAGUGGAUAAACUGUGCAAGAGAGAAGGAAGAACGAAGCUUUUUCUUGUGAGACUUGGAUCUUAACACAAAUGUGUAUAUGUGCACACAGGGAGCAUUGAAAAAUGAAAUAAACCAGUGUCAGACCCGCGGGGGUUGGUGCGUUCUGACAUAAAUAAAUAAUAAUAAAACAGCUGCCCCCUCCCCCUAAAAGGAUGAUUGGAAAUGGAGAACCGAUGACCCAGAAAGAGAAAGUGUGUUCAUUUUUCUCCAUAAAGGAGAAAGUAAGCCAAGGAGUUUUUUUUUUUGGAAUGAAAAGUUUGGAGCUUUUUUAGGAAAGUGAAGACCUGAUAUGGUGGUGUUUGCUUUUCUUUUUGUAUUUCCCACAAGACGAGAGGAAAUUAAUAAUACAUCUGCAAAGAAAUUUCGGAGAAGAAAAGUUGACCGCGGCAGAAAGAGGCAUUGAUUGGGGGAGAGAAACCGACAGGGCAUGGUUGGAUUUGAGCCUAUGUUGACUAAAAUUGACGGAUAAUUGCAGCUGGGUUUUUCUUCAUCAACGUCCUUUUUCUUUUCUUUUCUUUUUUUUCUUUUUGGUGUCAAGAUCAUGCGUUUUCUCUUGUUCUUAACCACCUGGAUUUCCAUCUGGACGUUGCUGUGAUCAGUCUGAAAUACAAUUGUUUGAACUCCAGAAGGACCAACACCAGAUAAAUUAUGAAUGUUGAACAAGAUGACCUUACAUCCACAGCAGAUAAUGAUAGGUCCUAGGUUUAACAGGGCCUUAUUUGACCCCCUGCUUGUGGUGCUGCUGGCUCUCCAACUUCUUGUGGUGGCUGGUCUGGUGCGGGCUCAAACCUGCCCUUCCGUCUGCUCCUGCAGCAACCAGUUCAGCAAGGUGAUUUGUGUUCGGAAAAACCUGCGUGAGGUUCCAGAUGGCAUCUCAACCAACACACGGCUGCUGAACCUCCAUGAGAACCAAAUCCAGAUCAUCAAAGUGAACAGCUUCAAGCACUUGAGGCACCUGGAAAUCCUACAGUUGAGUAGGAAUCACAUUAGAACAAUUGAAAUUGGGGCCUUCAAUGGUCUGGCGAACCUCAACACUCUGGAACUCUUUGACAAUCGUCUUACUACCAUCCCGAAUGGAGCUUUUGUAUAUUUGUCUAAACUGAAGGAGCUCUGGUUGCGGAACAACCCCAUUGAAAGCAUCCCUUCUUAUGCUUUUAACAGAAUCCCUUCUUUGCGCCGGCUGGACUUGGGGGAAUUGAAAAGGCUUUCGUACAUCUCAGAAGGUGCCUUUGAAGGUCUGUCCAAUUUGAGGUAUUUGAACCUUGCCAUGUGCAACCUCCGGGAAAUCCCUAACCUCACACCACUUAUAAAACUGGAUGAGCUGGAUCUUUCUGGGAAUCAUUUGUCUGCCAUCAGGCCUGGCUCUUUCCAGGGGUUGAUGCACCUUCAAAAACUGUGGAUGAUACAGUCCCAGAUUCAAGUGAUUGAACGGAAUGCCUUUGAUAACCUUCAGUCACUGGUGGAAAUCAACCUGGCACACAACAAUCUAACGUUACUGCCUCAUGACCUCUUCACUCCCUUGCAUCAUCUAGAGCGGAUACACUUACAUCACAACCCUUGGAACUGUAACUGUGACAUACUGUGGCUCAGCUGGUGGAUAAAAGACAUGGCCCCCUCCAACACAGCUUGCUGUGCCCGGUGUAACACUCCUCCCAGUCUGAAAGGGAGGUACAUCGGGGAGCUCGACCAGAAUUAUUUCACAUGCUAUGCUCCCGUGAUCGUGGAGCCCCCAGCAGACCUCAAUGUCACUGAAGGCAUGGCAGCUGAGCUGAAAUGCCGGGCCUCCACGUCCCUGACCUCUGUAUCUUGGAUUACUCCAAACGGAACAGUCAUGACACAUGGGGCAUACAAAGUGCGGAUAGCUGUGCUCAGCGAUGGCACGUUAAAUUUCACGAAUGUAACCGUGCAAGAUACAGGCAUGUACACAUGUAUGGUGAGUAAUUCCGUUGGAAAUACCACUGCUUCGGCCACCCUAAACGUUACUGCAGCAACCACUACUCCCUUCUCUUACUUUUCAACCGUCACAGUAGAGACUAUGGAACCUUCUCAGGAUGAGGCUCGGACCACAGAUAACAAUGUGGGCCCCACUCCAGUGAUCGACUGGGAGACCACCAAUGUGACCAUCUCUCUCACGCCACAGAGCACAAGGUCGACAGAAAAAACAUUCACCGUCCCAGUGACUGAUAUAAACAGUGGGAUCCCAGGAAUCGAUGAGGUCAUGAAGACUACCAAAAUCAUCAUUGGCUGCUUUGUGGCCAUCACACUUAUGGCAGCAGUGAUGCUGGUUAUUUUCUACAAGAUGAGGAAACAGCAUCAUCGACAAAACCAUCACGCCCCAACACGGACUGUUGAAAUCAUUAAUGUGGAUGAUGAGAUUACAGGGGACACACCCAUGGAAAGCCACCUGCCCAUGCCUGCUAUUGAGCAUGAGCACCUAAAUCACUAUAACUCUUACAAAUCUCCCUUCAACCACACAACAACAGUUAACACAAUAAAUUCAAUACACAGUUCAGUGCAUGAACCGUUAUUGAUUCGAAUGAACUCUAAAGACAAUGUACAAGAGACUCAAAUCUAAAACAUUCACAGAGUUACAGAAAACAAACAAUCAAAAAAAAAGACAGUUUAUUAAAAAUGAUACAAAUGACUGGGCUAAAUCUACUGUUUCAAAAAAAGUGUCUUUACAAAAAAAACAAAAAAGAAAAGAAAUUUAUUUAUUAAAAAUUCUAUUGUGAGCUAAAGCAGACAAAAUUAUGUGUAUUCCUCAGAACCUGUUUUUGCUGCACUUAUUUACUAUUU